AUGGUCAGUCCACAAGUCGCCGGUUAUAUCGGUGCAAUCAUUGCCUCUGUUUUCUUUGGUUCCAAUUAUGUACCAGCAAAGAACUUUCCAACUGGUAAUGGAUUCGCUUUCGCUUGGGUAAUGUCAAUGGGAACGUUGUGUACUGCUUACGUUGCAAUGUUCAUUUCAGGAUCGUAUAUGUUUGAUCCUUGGGGAUUGUUGGGUGGCUCUCUGUGGGCUAUCGGUAAUCUCUGUGUCAUCCCCAUCGUGAAAUCGAUUGGUUUGGGUUUGGGAUUGUUAUUGUGGUCUUGCUCCAGUUUGAUCACUGGUUUCUUCACCGGAAAGUUUGGAUGGUUCGGUCUACAGAAACAAGAGGUAUCGCAUCCCGUUAUGAAUUGGAUCGGUUUCGGUUGUAUUCCAACGCUGGACAACGGCAACGACAAGAAGAAGAAUCGUCGCUCCGAGUACGACUACUCGGCUAUAGUCGACGACUCCAUUGCCAUCAACAACUACAAGGCACCGGUUGAGGACGAAGAGGAGAAGAUGAUCUUUGAGAAAAUACCACCUCCUUUCAACACGCUGGUCGGUGUCGGUCUCGCUAUUGUCUCGGGUGUCUUGUACGGUGUCAACAUGGUGCCAAUGCAACUCUGGAAACAAGACAAUCCACACGCCGAUCCACUGUCAUUCGUAUUCUGUCACUUCUCUGGUAUCUUCCUGUUCAACACACUCGUUUUCAUCGUCUACAGUAUUUUCAAACGACCACCACAAAUCUAUCCACAAACCAUUUUGCCAUCGUUCAUCUCUGGUGUGUUGUGGGGCAUUGCUCAAGUCGGUCUAAUGAUCGCCACUCAAAAUCUUGGUUACGUAAUUGGUUUCCCAAUUGGAUCGUCCGGUCCAAUGGUUGUUUCAUCACUCUGGAGUGUACUUUUCUUCAAAGAGAUUCAAGGAAUGAAGAAUCUAUUGGUUCUCUUGAUUUCAUUUAUGUUUUUAGGUGCUGGUAUUACAAUUUUAACAUUAUCAUCAUAA